AGGCGUGCCAAGGAAAGAAGGCGGUGUGAGGCCUAGCGACGCUCCUUUCCCGAGCUGGAUGCCGCGCAGGCUCCCAGCGGCCUCUUACAGCGUGCCAGCAUCAUGAUGACCACGGCGAGUGACCGUCGGACUUCGUUGGCCGGCGACCGCAUCCUGCUUGGCCGCCGCCUGGCCGCCGGAUAUCUGCGGUAUCGCCUGCUCGUCGCGGUGCUCGUCGCUUGUGUGAUGGCGUUGGCACCGGCCGUCCAAGGGUCCUGUCCGACGCGAGAGUUCAUCUACCCGUGCACAUGCACCGAGACCUUCAUCGGAAACUACGUCAUGUGCACCGUCGUGCGCGAGGAACAGCUCAGGCUGCCGUUCCAGUACCUCAGAGACUACAACCUGAGCCGACUGUUCCUUAGCAACGUCACAUCGAGCUUGAAUCCGGACGUGUUCACGGGACUCAAGGUCGGCACCUUUAAAGUGGCCGACUCCAGAUUUAAGAUGGAGGACACGCGUCAGCCUAGCUCUUGGCCUUCAGUUUCAGCAGGACGUUGGACGAGGAUACAAAGCCUAGAGUUUAUGCGCUGUUACGUGGACGCUGGUGCUAACUUUUUCGGCGCCUUGGACGAACUAGAAACACUGUCCCUGUUGAACAGCACAGUGACACGUUUCGGCCGCGAGUGGAUUGGAGCACUCGUAAAUCUCACCCACCUGGUGGUCGAUGCCGUGAGCUUCCACGAACUCGAUGCCGACGCGCUCGCUGACCUUCCCAGGCUCAGCACGCUGGUGUGGUCCAGCAAUGGUGCCACCACUUUGACCCGGGACUUCUUUCCUCGCCGAGCGCGGUACCUAAACAGCAUUGACCUCAGUGACAACGAGCUAACCUCCUUGCCGGCGGAUAUGUUCAACAAUAUGCCUGUCCUAGAAAGCGUCACGCUGAGUCGCAACAAGUUCAAGACGCUGCUGCCGGAGCCUUGGAAGCCGAUGCUGGGCCAGCUGCGGCUCGUCACACUUGACGAUAAUCCAAUCGACUGCAACGGAACCAUCUCGUGGAUGCUGCAGAGCAACGCUCGUCACAAAGUCAGCGGCACGUGUGCGGCGCCCCCUAACUUGGUCGGCACGAGGAUUAGCGAUCUGGACGACAGCAGGUUGAGAAGAUAACAGCAGACGAUCUAUUCGCCAGUGUGCACAGAGAACAAGUCAACGCGCCGGCUGCUUUCGAGUGCCAAAAACAAAGCAGUACAUCGCUAAGCAGAGGGCACUGAUCGAACUAGGCUGCCAAGUCAAGUUCUACCUCUCAUCACAGGGAGGAAUAUUCGCAUUGCAUCGAGACAUUUCAUCCACACAUCACGCUUCGCUCUGUGCGGACCAGCAGAUACGCGAAAGUCAAGACAGGACAAAUGUGUACUGUAGACCGCUUGGCUCGUGCUUACGGGCACCGUCGUGUGACUCGCGGUUAUGCCACAGUGCCUUCCGCAUAAGAAAGCGCACAUGUGCGGGCGAGUGGAGUGAGCUGUGGUGCGUGCUCGGACGACUGAACGAAGGAUCGAGAGCUGACGGGAACCAGUGCAGGUUUUCUCAACAUUCCGACGUGCUCUUCUAUUUUCUCGUGGUGUGGUGAUAUGAACGGGCAUCUGGGGGCACGAUCGUCAAUAUGGUUCUUUCUUGUGACACGGAACCUAAAGCACAUCUCCGAACGGUGGGGUUCUCUUUCUGUACAUGAACGAAACCAACAUAGCUCGGAAGUGUGCAAGUUGCCUGCCCUAAGUGUCUAAAAUUUGGAAGGUAAUCUACGAUGCCAUUUGGUAACUUGUGCAAGAACACAAUACAGGAAAAAAGAGUUACAGUGUCGCAGUGGCUUUUGCACAUGUGUACACGAAGAAGUAAAAAUUGCCACUAACUUGGGUGAAUGUAGCCGCCUGCACGAAGCAAGCGGCAGCUAAGAAUUAAUGUUCGAAGGAUUAAAUCAGUCGUUAGCACGCUGUAGCAUCUGUUCACAGCCUCAGCAAGAGCAAGAUCUGAAAGAAUCGCAAGUCACGAGAAGGCAAGGUGCUAUAGAAUAGCCACAAGGGUUUUAUAACGCUGACUGUAAACGCUUAUAGUUCGCGUUCGUAGGGCUUCAUGCAUCACUUCGUGGAUUGCCCAUGUAUCGGUGUAGAACGCGGGUGUAUAUAGAGUCAUUGAAUUUCAAACGAUUGCACCAUUGACAUUCUUCUGUCUUUUUUAUUUUUGCCAAUAUUUAAUUUAGUUUUCUUUUUGUGAACAUUUUGUGUUAGCAAGAACACGGAGAUCUGAGCUGUAACGGAUGAGUGAGCGUCAAUAAAUAUGAACAGAAGAUUUAUGUUCAACGCUAAUGUAGACAUUGUCGACGUUUUGUUUCAAGAUCCUAGAGAUGAGAGUCAUAGCCCAGCGUUGGGCAAUUAAGGUGGCUGGGACGUUCUAGCAGCCAAGGUUGCAUGAAUUGUUCGUGUCACUGCGGCAGUUGAAACGAGCAGGGAACACAAUGCCUCAGUUUGGGAGGGUGGCAGGGCUUCGUGAAAUGACAGCGCGCGUUUCAAAACGUGGCCUUCCGUCUAUCAUGUUCAACAGCGGACAGCCUCGGCUUUAUAUGUGCACGUGUUGUCCUAAGUGUUGACACUGUUUGCACCACAUGCAUACUUGCUUAAAAAAAGUGUUGCUCCUCUGAAACAAUAUGUGGCACGACAGUUUUCUGGUCAUGUAUAUAUGAUGACAGUAAUAAAUGAUUUUAUGCACCAAGCA